AUGGAAGAAAUCACUUCUCCUUGGGAUACUAUCAACGGUAAUAUCACAAUCUGUGCCUAUCCAGUCUCCGGAGCGUACGGGAACUCUCCGCGGUAUCUUUACUUUUUCUGCCUCUUCGUGGGAACCGUCUGCCGCGGUGAGGAAUGGAUAGUCAAGGCAAUGUUUGGCGGCGCCAUGCUCUAUAGUUCUAUCACAGCCUUACACGCCCUCGCCAUGAUCUCCUACCCUGCCCCGCCGAUAGGAGACCUAGACGCUAUCCCCAUGUACGCAAUCGCCAUGGUCGGUCUCUGCAACGCCCCCUACCUCAUCUUCCACGCAAAGCUCUUCCGGGGUGCCCUUACGGGUACCCGUAUCGUCGUGUAUUCAUGGCUUAUCCUUAUGAUGGUGGGGAGCCUAGCGUCAGUCUGGAAUGUGCGUCAGGUCAGUAUGGCCGUGCAACCCUGCUCGGAGGUCAUGUCAUGGGGGCACAGGCACACAAGGUUGAAUCAAAAGACUGAUAUGGUCACUCUCUCGGAAUUUACUGUGUGGUGUCUUAAUGAACAGGCAAUAACGGGGUGGGUACCACCUCCGUUGAUGCUGUGUAUAUGGGUGAUUGGUGAGAGGAGAAGGAUUAAGAAAAUACAACGGGAGAAGGCACAGGAGAGGCGUCUCGAAUCAGAAAGUACGCAGGGUCAGCAGGACGUUAACCUCGGACCAAACAACGGCGAGUAUCGCAUCCAGGUGCAGCCGACUUAUGCUCCCAUCGAGCAGAUGACGACUGAUGAGAAGAUCAAUCAUACUGAUAGCGAGGGUGGGGGUGAUGAAUGCCGUUGCUGUUGCGGCCAUUGGGGCUGUAAUUGUGACUAUAUGAGUACUUGGAAGAGUAUCUGGUAUUUCUUUCUCAGGUUUAUGAUGUACGUGGUGCCGUUUUUAUGCUUGCUGUGGCAACUCUUCGUGAUGUAUAUAAUUCAACGGAGCAUAGCAGAGCUUCCAAUGCAGGAGGAGCUCGAUGCCGUAGGUCAGUGGGGGCCAUUAGCGGGGACGGUGAUCAUUGUGGCGGUGGCAGUGACCAUGAGGUAUGCACCAGGGGACCUUCGGCCUCAGAAAAGGGAUGUGAAAGAAGGAGCGUAUCCAAGCAAACUGCAGAGGAAACUUUGA